CCGGCGCACCCCGGCCAUUAAAACAAACGCACACAGCCUAGCGGUACCCUCCAUGUAGCAGUUGACCAAGACGUUCAGAGUUGCUUAACUAACACCUUUCGACACCGGUAAACGAUGAUGUCGUAAACUACGAGUCCAGCCCCUCAACUGACCUUGUAUCCCCGCCAGUAUGUGAACAUAAGAGCCAGAAAGAUGCCAGCAUGUCUUCUCUAAAGCGUAAGAAGUUCUCCAGGGACAUCAGGUGUGUUGUCUUCCCGGAUGAGGUCGGACACAACAGCGCUAACACCGCGGCGGGGUUAACUGCCCCAUCCACCGGCAAGUCAGCCGCCAGGGCGUGGGAGAGGUGUGGGGAGAGCUUUAUUGACCUUCCUAAAGUCAAGGAUGGCCAUUCGUCUGGAAGGACAUUGUCUGCUGUCAGGAAGUUGGACCCAGCCUCUUUUUCAGUGCAUGACAGCUCUGGUCACCAUGACGACGACCCCGUGGACAUAGCGUGGACCUCCAGUGAAAAUGAGGGGUCGGGUGACGAGAGGCCGAAGCAGUCUCUGGCUAAAGCUGUGCCUCCUAAACGACAAGAGAGGAAGAGAAAGACACAGAGACCAGCCGGCAGAGCAUCGCAUGCGCUCCCUGCUGGUGAAGCGCCUAGCAUCUCCAGUCACCGUGACGACGAGGACCCGUUGGACAUCGCCUGGACGUCGUCUAGUGAGAGUGAGCGGUCGGAUACAGAUCGCGACCGGUCUCUUGCUAGAGCGAUGGCUCCCGGACCACCAGAGAGGCGUAGGAAAACUCUCCGACCCACCGCCGCUGUUGAGUGCUCCGCCAAACCACCCACUGAUGAAGAAGACCUUCCCAUCAUUGAUUCGGACAGUGAUCUGAACGGCUCUCCUGAUCAGUUGAAACGUGACACUGCGGGUCAUAUAUCUGAGUGUGAGUCUCCACGGCAUGCCGUCCACGGGGGCCUGAAAGCACCUAUAUCACCAGGGGUAAGUAAAUGCCAAUCGUAUCAAAUGAAGUUAAAUAGGUUUAUACAACUACGUCCCAUCAGGCUGUGCGCGCUGGUCCAGGACGGCCGUGGUAUCUUCAGCGUGGUUCAGCUCCAGCCUCUGCCCUGGGACCGGGAGCUGCAGCAGUACACCCAGAAGUGGCAGGGACGGGCCUGCGCCCUGAGGAACGUCAAGGUGGUGCAGCGGGUUACUCGGGAAAGGUACGGUAGAGCUUUCCAAUUGAUAGACAGUGUCUGGCCUCCAACGAUUCCCUUUCAGGGCAGAGGCACGAGCGCUGCUCCCUGCUUCUACUACCUGCUCUCUGGCCAGGAAGACUCUGUUGAGGCCCUGGAGGGCUCGGCCCUAUCGGCUCUCUACCUCCCCCCCAAAGAAUUGCCCCUUCGGGAUGUCCUGCGGAGUGCCGGAGGCGUGCGUUGUCACAGUUUUACUGCGACCGUGGUGUACGCCAGCAUUCUGGUGCGUCCACCUUUGCCUACACUAGGGGACGCUGUAGACCAGGCUGAGGUCUGGUUGUCGCUGACGGACCCCAGCCUCCAGGAGGAGGGGGAGGGGCAGGCCGAAGGCGGGGGGCCGUGCAGGCGAACGGUGCCCGUGUGUAUCAGCACUUCCUGUGUGCUCAAUUCCUCCGUCGCUGCGGCGAUACGCUCGCCCGCGGCCGCCAUCUUGUCAUUUAGAGACGUCGUAAUGGAGAACGGCGCCCUGCUGUGCACAGAGCAGUCGGUGGUAGAGACCCCCCACCCAGACCGGGCGGGCAGGUCGGAGCUGACCGGGAGCGAGCCCCCCACCCCCACCAGAGCCACCCUGGGGUGCGGUCUGCCCCGACCAGUGAGGCUGGAUCCCCUGGGUGCGGACACCACGGCCCACUCUCUGUGUACUCUCACGGGAGUAAUCGUCGGCGUGGAGGAGGACACGGCUUGCUCCUGGCCCGCCUGCAGUGCCUGUGGAAGUGACCGCUUACAGGCCACGGGAGCCGGGGAGGCACCGGCUUUCCGCUGCCGGGCAUGUGACUGCGAGGUGCAGCAGCCCAAGCUGAGGCUGCAGCUCGAGGUGACGCUCGCCUCGGCCGUGAGCGAUGGGAUCGUCAAAGUUAAGCUGCACCAGAACACAAUUCAGUCCAUCCUCCCCCCGGCAGCCCUCCAAGCCAGCGAGUUCCCAGGUUACGAGGUGGAACACGUCCUGGGGAAGGCACUGGGCCCCAUCCCCGUUGUCGUCCGCGUCAUCAGCAGGACCCCAACUCUCUGCAUUGGUGUGGAAGAGAUUAGCCUCUGAGGGGGGGCGCGGGGGGGGGGGGGGGGGGUGGCGUCAGAGGAACUAGUGAAAUGAAUCCUCUGGCCCUCAGCUGGCUCCAAGGAUCUGCGCUCUAGGCCUUGGUUCAAGCCCCCCCCCCCACACACACACACAACCCCCCUACCUCGGCCCCCUUCGAAGGCCUCCCUGUAAGCCCCCCACAUCGUUGUGGUGCAGCAGUGAAAGAGGGGGCGGUGGUGGUGGAGGUUUGGAGAGACACAAGGUCUUGUUUGUGUGGUAAUGAUAAGUGAGAAUGUGGAGCGGGACUUGACAACCCAAGGGGAGAGCGGCAGGAGAGCCCUGCCCCUGUCAGUGGGACCCACGUGGUGUGCAGGGGGGGAUUCAGGAACGUGCUGUCAAACCUCCUCCUUCUCUCUCUCUCGCUUUCUCUCUCUCUCUCUCUCGCUCUCGCUCUGUCAUAAGUCCUCAGAACGUUUAGCACCUACCUCUUUGUAGAGACGUAGAUGCGUUUUUUUUUUGAGUUUUUUUUGUUGCAUACUGUGUAAAUAAAGCCGAUUUAAGAAUGG